CCCGGAAGACACCUUGGCACAGGCAGACUCGCAAAUCAUCCUAUCGACCCAUCCAACAAUGCACCGAAGACACUGGACCGGGCAACCGUGUGAAGUUGCAUACCAGGUAUACCGACUCUGAGCCAGCCCCAAGUGCAAUCACUCGGACCAGGGAACAUCGGAGGUACAGUACAAAUCACCUACCGGUACCCUCCUCCUCAUCUCACAAAUUUAAUUCCGAAAGAAAGAAAAUUACUCUGGAAUAGCUCGCUAGCUCGCUAGUGCAAACGCGACAGUACUCCACGAUGGCAGAACAACAACGAAACAUUUCCUUGGAUGAAGAACAACAACAGCUCUCGUUCCUCGAAAAGGCCAAAGCAGUGGUCGAACAGAAACACAACAAAAUCUACGCAACCUGGUACGAUAUCCAUGGGAAACCAACUGACGAGAAAACAUUCGGGCAGCUAUGGGAAGAAGCAGGCUUGAUUGCCCAUCAUUUGCGGAACGUUUGGAAGAUUGAACGUGGCCAAAAGGUUGUUCUCAUGUACAACUUUGGUCUGCACUUUUUUGCCUCGUUUCUGGGCUGCCUACGAGCUGGUUGCCCGGCUGUGCUGGUCUACCCCCCAGCCCCUCCCUUGAAAAAGUCCUUGACCAAGAUGAUUCAUGUCAUUGAAGACUGUCAGCCAGCAGCAAUCUUGACGGACGGUGAUGUUAUGAUGCUGAAACAGCUGGAUGUGAUGAAUCCUCUCUCCAAAAGUCGUCAUUUGUGGCCUGCAAAGGUUCCGUAUUACAAGACGGAUGUUCUAUCGGCAGGUCGCAAGCAAAAGGGAUUAUUGGCAUCUUUUGGAUCUCGGGAUGCCCCAGCGCUAGCCUUUGACGAACAGGAUAUCAAACCAAAUGACAUUGCCUUCCUCCAAUACACAAGUGGUUCAACGGGCCAACCAAAAGGUGUCAUGGUCACGCACCGCAACUUGGUUGCCAAUGUUCGACUGCUUGGGAAUGGGCACCUCCAUACCGGCAACGCCAGCGAUCAAGUGGAGCCAGUGGGCUUCUCAUGGUUGCCACAGUACCACGAUCUCGGCUUGAUCUAUGCGAGUAUCAGCCCAUUCGCCGAAGGCUGGAGAAUGCACAUGUGCUCUCCGGUAACAUUCAUUCAAAACCCUCUACUAUGGAUGAAGCUCAUUUCGAAGCACGGCGUCUCGUGGUCCGUUGCCCCUAACUUUGCCUACAAGCUGGUAGCUCGAAAAUUCCUCGAGGCCAAGGAGCGAGCAAAGGGAGAAGAUCCUCUCCCCGGUCUGGAUCUAAGCAAGGUUCACCACUUUCAGAAUGCAGCAGAGCCCAUUUCUACGGAUCUGAUGGACGCCUUCUGGGAUUGCUUUCGGGGUUACGGACUUCGAAAGGAUUAUUUCAUGACUGGGUUCGGCCUAGCAGAAAAUGUGGUUGGGGUCAGCUUUUUCCACGGACACAAGGUCUCGCGCCCCCGUCCUGGCCAAGACACAUCCGAAUUCUUGGCAGUUGGAAGACGGGAAACCUUCGAUGCUUCGCUGACUGUCAAGAUUGUGGACCCUCAAACAAGACGAGAAGUAGAAGAUGAAGUCACUGGAGAAUUGUGGAUUGCUGGUGAUUCCAAAGCGGCGGGAUACCUCAACAAACCCGAACUCUCUCAGGAAGUCUUCCAGGCGAAGCUCGUUCACAAUGACACCGACGGCGAAGACGACCCAACGUAUCUCCGGACUGGCGAUCUUGCUUUCUUUCAAGACAGUUGUCUUUUCAUCUGCGGACGAAUGAAAGAUUUGAUUAUUAUCGGGGGCGUCAACUACUACCCUCAGGACUUGGAGUACAUGGGGCAAGACGCUUCGUCGGCUGUGAGACCUGGCUGCAUUGCUGCCUUUUCCCCUGACGAAUCAGCAGAGUCUGGCGAAGAUGUGACUGUGGUCUUUGAAAUCCGCAAGGAGCAUGAGCAUGAAGCUGCGGGUGUUUGCGCCAUGGUUCGAGAUGAGAUCUCCAAGGGACUGGGUUUGACUCCAACUCUGGUUGUCGCCAUCAAGGAGCGUCAAAUUUGUAAAACAACUAGUGGGAAGAUUCAAAGGCGCAAGACCAGGCAAAUGCUCCAGGACGGGCUCCUCCCAAUUGUAUGCAGACUGGUCAACGACAAAGAAGCCGACAGCACCGAAACCACGAUGUUCGAAGAGCCAUGGGACGAUCUUUCGCCCGACGCAAAGUUUGAUCGCACUAUGGCUUCCACUCUGGGUGCCAACUACGAUCCAAGCAAAGGUUGGGAUGAGAAUGCUCUGUCAUCGAUGUUGCUGGUUGAGCUAAGCAACAAGCUCGCUGAGAGCUUUCCAGUGAGCAUCCCACCAGACUUUCCCGAACGAUUCAAGACUCCAAAUGCAUUGAAGCAGUACGUACUCUCCCCUACUUCCGGGGCUUUCUUUCCAGUGGACCUUGAUGAGGGGCUGAAGAAGAAACCUCGCGGGUUGAUGGAGAAACCCAUUCCCAGAGUUCUUUGCACUGUCGUGCAAGGUUUCGGAGUCAUUGCUCUCCUUUUGAUGCUUUCCAUCAGCACCGUCCCAGCCUACCACUUUGUCAAACUUUGCAGCAGUUCCUGGUUGCAGUGGUUUUUGCCCUUGACACUUCCUGUCUGGCACCUAAGCUUCUCUCUCCUGGUGGUGGGGACAAAGUGGGUUGUGAUUGGCAGAUAUUCCUCUCGAGAAGUGGUCGUCCCUUCUGUUUUCUUUUUACGGUGGUGGUUUUUAGACCGCCUGGUGGACAUAUGGGAAUACAUUACUGGUCAGUUUCUUUUGAAUACCCCUCUGAUCUGGUUGUUCUACCGCCUGAUGGGCACCAAGAUGCCGACUUCUGUGAAGGUGGACGCCUUCCUCCGGGAGUGGGAUCUCCUCGAGGUAGGCCACUCGACAUCCAUUGAAGCUGACGUGCGCCCACGAAAAUUCGGCCCCUGGGAGAAUGGAAACCCAAGUCUAAGGUUCCGAUGCAUAACCAUUGGUGCACACUGCACCAUUCGAGGCCACGUUGGUUUGGGAACUACCAUCGGCAAAGGAAGUUAUGUCGAAAAGUUGGCGGCUGUACGCGAAUGUAGCCAGGUUCCAGGCAACGCAGUGGCCAUCGGGUCACCUGCUUUUCAAGGAUCCACAGAGGCAAAGCCACACGAACAUGGUAAUUGCUUCCGUCUCGUGGAGACAGCCAAGCUGGUGUGGAUCUUGAUAGUCCUGUACAUGUCGGCUGUCUACUACAUGGUUGGAGAUCUCGUCCUUGGAGGGCUGCGCCACAUGAGCUGGCGAUAUGCACCAUUGGCUCAUCUCCUGCUGCUGGUUGCUUUCUCCACUUGUCUGGGUCUUUUCAUGUCCAUUCCAAUGAAGUGGUUACUGGUUGGUCGACGCCGUCCAGGACAAUCGGAAUCGGAAUUCCAAAAGCUAUGCCACUGGAUGGCAGACUUCUACUUUGGAAUCUACCGCACCCUGUUUGAUAUGGUGGCAGAGAACACCGUUCUUGUCAACCUUAUUCUCAAGGCAAUGGGAAUGGAUUUGGACUUGCAGUCCAAGGUGUGGCUCUUUGUUUUCCCUCCCUCCAAGGUCGAUUUGGUGUCUGUCAAGCGAUCCUUUGUAUCAUCUACAACUCUGGACCUUUCGGUGGACGGCAAACCGCAGAGUGUCACAAUCCAAGACAGUAGCAUUGGGCAUACGGUCGUUUUGAGGGGAGGCGCUACCAUCCAGUUCUCCGAGCUUGUUCCCUUCAGCCUGGUGACCGAAGACAUGAUUGGAGAUGAAAAGAAGAAGCUUGACUGGGCACCCCUCAAAUCGGUCUGGGAGAAGCUCUUGGUGGAUUUGGUCACACCUGCCGUUGCAUUGGCCUUUGCCGCAACCUUUGUGCCGGCCUUUGAAUUCUUUCAUCUUCAAGUUUUCGGUGACAAGCUGGAUCUUUUCUCGUUCCCUGCCAUUCGACUGGCGGUGACGCUUGCAGUCCACACCACGACAUGGGGACUUGUUUGCAUUGUGUUUCAUUGGUUUCUGUAUUCCAAAGAUGGAUCAGGUCACUACAAAACCAAGCCUUGGAAUGCUACACUGUAUGCCCUCUACAUGAACUUUAUGGCCAACUUUUGCAAGAAUUCCCUCUUGUCGCUUCUCUGGGGCUCCCAAUUCAGCAAUUUUGUCUUGCGCUGCUUUGGAUGGAAUAUCACAGGACCACUAUACUACUUUGGAUACCGCUGGUAUGACUCUCCCAUGAUCACCAUUAAGGGACCCACGAUUAUUGAUUCGUCCUUGGUGAGCGGGCAUGCGGUGGUUUACGGAAAGACCGAAGUCAACACCUGCCAAGUCUCUGGAAUUUUGCAUCCUGGAACUCUGUGUUUGGCCAACACAAACAUGCCCGAAGGCGAUGGCACCCAAGAAAUUGGGCCAGUCCAUUUUGUCACACCGACAGCAGCAGCGCCGCGACUUGCCUCCGAUAUGGAAAAAGGUGCAGCAGUAUAAGCGUAUAAGCAUCACCUUGGCCUUACAAAGUUCUCCUUCUUCCUUUUGUCUCCGGCCCAGCAUCUAGCUGGCCAGCCUCCCAUAAAAUAGAAAUCAUAUGGCAUGAAGCUCGUGGUGCAUCUCAACAGCUUGCCAACAACUCAUAGCAAAGUACCCUGGUAAAAGAUUGGCAUGGAGAAAGGGGGGAAAAGCAAAAAUGCAACGGGAAAAAAUUGACUUAGUGGUUUCAGUGUUAGGGAUCAAAGGAGAACACUGUCUUAGGACUAAAAGGCUUCUUGUCAGGGGCAGCUGUCUCCAAUGUCUCAAAUCUCAAAGAGAGAGCUCGAGACAUAAGCUCACGCUUAUUAGAGAGGGGUGAGGAACUAAUGUUCGUGAUUGAUAAUCAAUCCCCAUGCCCUUGAACUACCGGUCUUUUACAUGAAGCAGAAUGUAGACUAGAUCUAGCUAGUCCUAGCUAGUUGCCUCCUCUUUGGCUUGGUAGCUUGGUAGAGUAGCCUCUAAAAGGUAAAAGGAGAUCUGUGAAUUCUU